AUGGAUUCGAGCAGAAAGCGAAAAGCGGCGCCCAACGCGACUCCCACCAACACCGGGGGCAGCGCAUCCAAGAAGAUCAAGUUGCUGAACUCCAACCCGGCACCGCCAGCAAACGGCGACGGCAACCUGAGCGCAGUGCAGAGAGUCGGCUUCAAGCUGAUCACGCAGCUCAGUAAAGCCAGCGACAAGACGAAUCGUCCCAUAACAGAUGCCUUCCAAGAACUCCCUUCGCGAGAAGAGCUGCCGGAAUACUAUCAGGUCACCCGCCUGCCAAUAGCUAUCGAUACCAUUAAGGAGAAGCUCCAGAAAGAUGCGUAUCCUACAGUCAGUGCUCUUGAGAGCGACUUCAAGCGGAUGAUCCAGAACGCGAAGGACUACAACGAGCCGAAAAGCAUCAUCUACGAGGACGCCGAGCGGAUACGCAAGCUCAUUUACAACUUCAUGAAAGUCAACAACCCAGAGUAUUCCCGGAACCCCAAUUAUUCUGCCGUUGCCACCCCGAUUCCAGAUGCUACUGCGCCGCCGUCGUUGACGAAGAUCACGCUGACAAACGGUGCCCAUGCCAAAGAGAAUUAUAAGCCUGUACAGUCUCGGGAAGCUGCAAAAGAUGAGUCGGCAAGCAAAGAUGCCAACAUGGACUUCACUGGCAAAUCCUUCCAAGAAGCCCAAGAGAUGAUCUGUGCCGAAGCUAUUCAAUACACCGAUGAGGACGGCAUGGCAAUUUUCACACCUUUCGUGUAUCUGCCGAGUAGGAAGCUGGAAGAUUACUACAAGGUGAUCAGACAUCCAGUGUCAAUCAAGGGUGUGCAGAAGCUUGUGAAAGGUGUACAUGGACGCAAUCCUCCAACAGGCCACACCGACUUCAAGACUUGGGAUCAGUUUGAACAAGAGGUCAGCUUCAUCUGGCGCAAUGCUCGGGACUAUAACGAGGAUGGCAGUGACAUGUAUCAACUGGCAAAUGAGUUCGAGGCAUACUUCAAAUCCCGCCUCGCAGAAGCGAAGGAGAAGGUGGAAGAGCCAGCCAGUACAAGACUCAGGCUGGGAGGUCCAAAGCCGCCACAGAAGACUGGUAUCACCUUAAAUCUGUCGCAGCACCGCGGUUCUCCGACACCUGGGGUCAGCGUUGAUAACGAAGCUCUGGCGCGCCAACGAGCAAUGGUGCAAGCUGGUGCGAAUGGACAUCAAGCACAGCAGCGGCCAACGCCAACAACAAACGGUGUUGUCAAGCCUUCACCACAGCCUACAGCUCCUGAUGCGCCGCGGCCGCCAAGCAGCGCUCAGCUCCCCGCGCCGCCUGGAGGCGCUUUCAGGAAUGAGAAGAUGUCGACAAUGUCGCCUGCGCCUCAGCAGGCACUACCUGCACACCCCCUUACGAAUGGCAUGAUGCCACCACCACUGAUGCGGCCUCCAAGCGGCUCUCCGUUCCCUGCUGGAAUGGCUGCCCACGCUCCAAGCUACCAUUAUGCGCCGCCUCAUGCAUUGCCCCAGACGGCUCUUCGAAACUACCCAGCAUCGCAAGCGCUGCUCCCUGUCGUCAAGCUGUCGACGCAUCCACAGCUCCGAAACAUUACUACACCAUACAGCUUGGACAUUACGCCUCACGCAACUUUGUCACACCAGAGCACCACCAUCACGCUGCCGUCAACGCAUUACUAUCUGUCCAUCGCCCCGACAAUCUCACGCGAGCUUGCGGUGGGUCGCGCAUACAAGCUGUUCGUCAGUGUCAAUGGGACUCGUCUUACGCAGCGGGAUACACAAUUCCAUGCAGACACUGGCAAGCGGACGCACGUGUACGAGGGUAGUUUGGCGCAAGGUGUCAAUAGAAUUGAGAUCGAAUGUGCCGCUGCCAAGAUUGGUGAGAAUGGCGAUGGCAAGGGCUUGGAUGUUGAGAAGGUGACAGUGUUUGCCAAUUUGCUCAGGGCGUAG